AUGCGCGCAGGCUCGCAGCCUUACGCGGAUCACGAAAAGAUGGACUCUUGGGAACAGCAGAAUGGUAUCAAACGCACGAACGGAGACAACUCUUCGUAUACGAUGCCGUCGCAGCUGAUCUCGGCGACGAGCGCGGGGCGCGAUAAUGGCAGUCAGCCUCGUUUUGGGGCAAAUACGAUGUACUCGACGCAACCUUCACGAUCUGCUCAGAAUAUUACAUAUGCGAGUAAUCCUUGGGCGAAUAAUCGUACGGCGAAUACACCGGUCGGCGCAAAUGGUUCUCGAGAACCUCAACUCAUGCAGUCCUUCAACCCGGCCCAACUUUUGAACCCGCGAGCAGCGAUGCAGCAAAAUCGACUUACGGCUUCACCACAGCAAAAUGGCUACUCGAACGGUACGUCGCCGGCACCUUCGCUUUCAUUCCAAUUUGACAGUCCUGCUGGGUCUGGUCAAGACUCGCCUCACUCCCACCCAAGCUCAAUGUAUGAUGGUGAGCAGACUACAUCAAACGGGCAAAAUGGGUUUGCUUCUUACGCGAACGGAAAUGGGAAUGGAGGGAUGGGCAGUAUGUUAGAUCGUUUGCACAAUGUGGCAGAUCGAAGUAUGGUACCUCAGAAACGUCGGAAGGUUGUAGAUGACCGCGAGGAGGAUAAGAAAAAGGCGGAAUUUAGUGGUGGCGGAAAGGGAGGAAUUCUAGGACAGUAUAUGCAGGAUCAGCGGAAGGAAGGUCAUGACCAAGCGGUAGCAAACGGGAAAGUCGUCGAUAUUUCAUUUGACGACGACGAAGUUCAGGUUGUUUCGAACCCCGCGGAUAAGGAGGUCUGCUAUGGCCGGAUAGAAGGAGCGGAAAUCAACGCUUUCAAAGUCCCAACUCCAAGGGAAGGAGCAGUAGCUAUAUCGAAUAGUUUUUGGCCGCAGGUCAAGAUACAACUUCGAAGGAGGCAGAAUGACAGGACGAAUGUUAUUCAUGCAGUCGAUAGUACUCGAAAUAUUAUUGGUUGUGUAGAUACCAACACUGCUCUAGGUCUGGUACCAAUUUUGGACGCCAAAUUCUCCGUCAGGACGGCUGCUCGAGUAUUGACAAGGCAGAGGAGACCUAACGAUCCUCCACCAGGCUCAGAAGUUUCUGCUCGAUAUGGUCUCGAUGUUAAUUUAUAUGGGCCGAAGAAGCAUGCAAUUCAAAUUGGUAGACACCUUUCUCAGAAGCAGCUCUGGCUUCGGACGCCUCUUUUCGUCGAGUCAGGGGUCGAGCUUUACAACCCGCAUGUGAUCGAGAAGCCCGCACAAAUUGCUCAAAGGCCUUUAAUGUCCUACUCUAGUAGACAAGCACCUGUCCGCACGACCGAGGAGAUCCGGAGCGAUGUUCUAGGAAUGUUUGAUUCACUGGAAAAGUCUGAAAGUCUACCUGAGAUGGAACCCAACCAUCGAAUUACCACAGAAUUGUUGAAGCAUCAAAAGCAAGGUUUGUAUUUUAUGACCAUGAAAGAGAAGGAACGCAUAUAUUCUGCGGAUGAGAAGGGCAACAGCUCCCUAUGGCGGCUCAACAUUAGUGGAAACGGGCAAAGGUCGUAUUUCAAUGUAAUCACGGGACAAGAAGAGCGAAAGAGCCCUCCUCAAGUACUUGGUGGUAUAUUGGCAGAUAUGAUGGGUCUCGGAAAGACACUAAGUAUCUUAUCUUUGGUCACUGCGACACUCGAUGAUCGUGCAUUAGAGUGGGCCCAACUGCAACCCGCGGCUGAAGCUGAUAAUCGAGAUCUAUGUUGCUCAAAGAAGGGCAAGACCGCAUUACCGAAGAUUGAACAGGCGCCGCUCUCUCGCAAUUGCAAAACCACAUUGCUUGUGUCUCCUCUAAGUACAAUAGCGAAUUGGGAAGAGCAAAUCAAGCAGCAUGUGAAACCCGGGGCUUUGAAGUACUACAUCUAUCAUGGAUCUGGUCGUAUCAAAGAUGUCAAUAAACUCGCCCAGUUUGAUUUGGUGAUUACCACCUAUGGAUCUGUGGCUAGUGAGUUCAACAACCGUAGCAAACAAAAGCAUGGAGUCUAUCCGCUGGAAGAGAUGAAUUGGUUCAGAAUCGUCCUCGAUGAAGCACACAUGAUUCGGGAACAGUCCACUCAACAAUCCAAAGCAAUUUGCAGAUUGCAAGCAUCACGACGAUGGGCUGUUACCGGUACUCCUGUUCAGAACAAGCUAGAAGAUCUUGGUGCAUUGAUGACGUUCCUUCGCGUUAAGCCAUUUGAUGAGAAAGGUGGUUUUGCUCAAUAUAUUAUGGCUCCUUUCAAAAUGUGCGACCCUGAAAUUUUGCCAAAACUACGCCUUUUGGUUGACAGCAUAACACUUCGAAGACUUAAAGAUCGUAUCGACCUGCCACAACGGCGAGAUGAACUAGUCAAGCUUGAUUUCAGUCCUGCUGAGCGACACCUUUAUGAUGUAUUCGCAAAGAACGCUAGCGAUAGAGUCAAGGUCAUCGUCAAUCAACGAGAGAAAAGCUUAGGUGGGAGGACUUACGUGCAUAUUUUGCAGUCUAUUCUUCGCUUACGAUUGAUUUGUGCACACGGAGAAGAUCUUUUGGGCGAGGAAGAUCUGGAAGUCAUGAAGGGUUUGAAUCAAGCCUCGGCAAUUGAAUUGGAUAGCGAUGAUGAGGAUGAUCGACCAGCUCUGUCUGCCAAACAAGCUUACGACAUGUACCAGCUUAUGAUAGAUACGAAUGCGGAUCUGUGUUCGACUUGUAGCAGGAAGGUUGGUGUCAAUGAUAACAUUGAAGCCGAAGAGGGAGAGACCAAGGAGAAGAUCAUUGGUUUCAUGACACCAUGUUUCCACAUCAUCUGUCCGAAUUGUUUUGAUGGCUUCAAAGCACAGAUGGAUCAUUACUCGGAAGGCCGUACAACAUCAGACUGCAUCAUUUGUAGACAACACAUCAAGCUUUCAUAUUUCGAAUUGAAACCCGGUGGCCUCGAAGAAGGCGGCCCAAAAUCCAAAGGCAAAAAACAAACCAAAACCCUGGAGAACUACCACGGUCCACACACCAAAACCAAAGCACUCAUCCAAGACCUCAACAACUCCCGCAUGGAAUCCGAAAUCCUCCACCACGAAGCCCCCAUAAAAUCCGUCGUCUUCUCCGGUUGGACCGCUCAUCUCGACUUAAUCCAACUCGCCCUCAACGCCAACAACAUCAAAUAUUGUCGUCUCGACGGCAAAAUGACACGCGCCGCCCGCGGCGCCGCCAUGGACGCCUUCCGCGACGACCCAUCCAUCCUCGUCAUCCUCGUCUCCAUCACGGCCGGCGGCCUCGGUCUCAAUCUCACGUCCGCGAACAAAGUCUACGUCAUGGAACCGCAGUACAAUCCAGCCGCGGAAGCGCAAGCCAUCGAUCGCGUGCAUCGCCUGGGCCAGAAACGGGAGGUCACGACGGUGCGGUAUAUCAUGAAUGAUAGUUUUGAGGAGAAGAUGCUCGAGCUGCAGGACAAGAAGAGGAAGUUGGCGAGUAUUAGUAUGGAUGGGGAGAAAGGGCGCAUGGAUAAGGUUGAUGCGGCGAGGAAGCGGUUGGAGGAUUUGAGGAGUUUGUUUAAGUAG